AUGCCCAUUACUACCCAAUUGACACGCAUUCUCGGCAUCAAGCAUCCUAUUGUCCAAGGCGGUAUGACUCAUGUGGGUCGUGCCGAGUUGGCGUCAGCUGUAUCCAACGCAGGUGCUCUUGGUAUCAUUACUGCACUCACGCAACCGACCCCUGAAGACUUGAGGAAGGAGAUUCGACGCAUGCGAGAUAUGACGGAUAAUCCUUUUGGUGUCAACCUUACUCUGUUACCUGCUAUCAAACCACCCCCUUACAAGGAAUACGCUCAAGUCAUUUGUGAAGAAAAGGUUCCUGUCGUUGAGACUGCAGGAAACAAUCCCAAGGAAUACAUUGCCAUGUUCAAGGAAGCAGGAUUGAAAACCAUCCACAAGUGCGUUACCAUACGUCAUGCCAUUUCAUCACAAAAAAUGGGUAUUGAUGUUUUAUCCAUCGACGGAUUCGAAUGUGCUGGCCAUCCUGGUGAAGAUGAUGUAUCGAGUAUGAUCCUAUUGGCAAGAGCAGCUGAAUCAUUAACGACACCUUACAUUGCAUCGGGUGGUUUUGGUAAUGCUCGAGGAUUGGUAUCUGCAUUGGCGUUGGGUGCUCAAGGUAUCAACAUGGGAACACGGUUCAUGUGCACAAAGGAAGCACCUAUCCACGACCAUAUCAAGGAGGCCAUCGUGCAAGCGGAUGAGCGGUCAACAGCAUUAUUGUAUCGUCCUUUCCGCAACACAGCUCGUGUCUUCAAGAAUGAGGUGGCUAUCAAAGUCAAUCAAAUCGAAAAGAACAAGGAUGUCAAGUUUGAAGAUAUCAGGGAUUUGGUCUCAGGUAAACGUGGACGCCAAUCUUAUAUCACUGGAGACAAGGAUUAUGGUGUUUGGAGUGCAGGUCAAGUCAUUGGAUUGAUCAACGAUAUCCCAACAUGCGAGGAGCUGGUCACAAGAAUCGCCACAGAUGCCGAGCGGAUCAUAAAGCAGGACCUUGCAAAGUUGAUUACAUAG